AUGUUGCGAUCGCCGUAUCUUCUCAUUGCGUUCACUUUGACGCUAUUGAGCAUCUCGGUUCGGGCCGCACCAAAAUGUGAAGGUGAGGGCAACAAGGAAUACUGCCGUGACCGGCUCAUGCAUCCAGAUUUGCCGGAGCCCAUGCGCUCCACUAUUCGUGCAGUUGAAGGGGAAGAGAACAAUGAAUACUGGCGCUCACAGGCAACUGAAUUUGUUCGCGCAAAACUGGCGUCCCAGCCGAAUAAAAAUCGUGCCAAAAAUGUGAUUAUGUUUUUGGGAGAUGGCAUGGGUGUGACCACCACGUCGGCCACUCGAAAUGUUAUUGGCGGCGAGGAGAAGGAGCUGUCUUUCGAACGUUUUCCUUACACAGGCCUGUCCAAGACGUACUCGGUGGACAAGAUAGUGCCCGAUUCGGCGUGCACGGCCACGGCCUAUUUGUGCGGCGUAAAGGCUCAGGAGGGCACCAUUGGUGUGACGGGUGCUGUGCCGCGCACCGAUUGCAAAGCAAUGCUGGAUGAGAGCACGCAUGUAGACUCGAUUGCCAAAUGGGCCAUAGAUGCUGGCAAAUGGGCGGGUCUCGUGACAACAACACGCGUGACACACGCCUCACCUUCGGGCGUCUAUGCGCAUAUCGCCGAGCGCGAUUGGGAGAACGAUGUGGAGGUAUCUUCAGAUUGUGGUCAAAACUCAGGUGUUCAGGAUAUUGCUUAUCAACUAAUAAAUGGUGAAGUGGGCAGCAAACUAAAACUAAUAAUGGGCGGUGGCCGCAAGCACUUUGUGGAUUCUACGUUGUCUGCAGAGGGCAAGCGAGCCGACGGUCUGAAUCUUAUUGAGGAAUUCCAGCAGGCUGGCGCAGGCAACGUCUAUGUGAGCACAAGCGACGAGUUGGAGGCCGUUAAUCUACAGGAAACGGAUCGCUUGUUAGGCCUAUUCAACGAGGAUCAUCUGCUCUACCAUUUGGAGACAAAUGAGAAUACAACACAGCCUACGCUGGAGCAGAUGACGCGCAAAGCCAUUGAGUACAUGAAUCAGAGUGAUGAGGGCUACUUCCUGUUCAUCGAAGGUGGUCGCAUUGAUCAGGCUCAUCACAUGAAUAAGGCGCGCAUGGCCCUCGACGAGACCGUGCAGUUCUCCAAUGCUAUAGCAGCAGCUCGUGAGCUCACCGAUGAGGAGGACACGCUGAUUGUGGUCACGGCAGAUCACUCGCAUGUAUUCAGCUAUGGCGGUUAUCCGUAUCGCGGCAACGAUAUCUUUGGUACUGCACCAGUAACGGCGAAGGAUGGCAAACCCUAUAUGGUAUUGAGCUAUGCCAAUGGUCCUAGUGCCGCAAACUUCUAUACUGCCGAAGAGUUGGAACGCGUUGACCCAACCACGCGUGUUGUGGGUGCCCAUAAUGAUGAGUUCCCCGCUGGGGUACCAUUAAUAGAUGAUACACAUGGCGGUGAUGAUGUGGCCGUCUAUGCUUCCGGACCCUGGUCCCAUCUCUUCACCGGAGUCUACGAGCAGAACACCAUACCCCAUAUGAUGGCCUAUGCCUCCUGCCUGGGCGAUGGUCUCACCGUCUGCAACUAAAUAAUCGCCUAGCAGCUGUUCCAGCUGCAUGUUAUCCAUCCAUAACAAUUAGAUUUUUAACUCGUAUGUAGCUCAGCAGCUCAUUAAAUCAGGUCGAGGGUGUUCUUGCCAUUUGCAUGCGCAUGCAGCAAAGCUACCACUCCCAAAUCUACUUCCCCAUCCCUUGCACUUUCUUUAUAAUGCAAAUUCAAUUAAAGCGAGAAUUUCAACGAUUUA